AUGGAUCAUCAAGAUGGAUACGGUGUGGAAGUUACAGGGUUAUCUCCAGCUGUUUCUGAGAAAGAUCUCAUCGAAUUCUUCUCCUUCUCUGGUGCAAUCCAACAUAUUGAUAUUGUCAGGUCGGGUGAGCAAGCUUGCUCUGCGUAUGUGAUGUUCAAGGAUUCUUAUUCUCAGGAAACUGCUGUUUUACUCAGUGGCGCAACGAUAUUGGAGCAACGCGUUUGCAUAACUCGUUGGGGACAGCAUCAUGAGGAGUUUAACUUCUGGGACGGGACUUCACGAAGUUUUGAAGAUGAAACAAACUCACAUACUCCUCCUCAGAGAGGCGACUUCAACGCCGGAGAAGCAGUGACAAAAGCUCAACAAGUGGUGAAAACAAUGCUAGCCACCGGGUUCGUGCUAGGCAAAGACGCUUUAACCAAAGCUAAAGCCUUUGACGAAUCCCACGGAGUAUCAGCUGCAGCGGUGGCCAGAGCAUCUCAACUAGAGCAGAGGUUUGGUCUCACUGACAAAAUCUUCGCCGGAGUCGAAGUUGUCAGGUUAACCGACCAAAAGUACCAUGUCUCAGACAAAGCCAAAGCAGCUGCAACCAGUGUUGUCAACAGCAGUUACUUCUCCAACGGAGCUCUUUGGCUGUCCGGUGCGUUAGAACGGGCGGCUAAGGCCGCGUCUGAUCUUGGUAACCGCGGCUCGACGCAGUGA